UAUAUCUAUAAGUCAAUGUAUGUCAUUUUGCUGCGUUAACUUACAAGUUACAACAUAUAAAGCAUAUGUAUCAUAGUGUCGAUACGCUGGGUCCACUUACCACACUUGAAUUUUUAUAAUUAAUUCGCAAGAAGAUUGUUAGAGGCAUUGCUAUGGCUACUCUUCCUGAGUUUAAGAUAGAAGUGGCAACUGAAGCUGACGUAGAGGGCGGGAUGAACUGCUCUAAGAACCCUGGUCACGUAGGUUUUAUACCAUUUAAGGACUUCGCAAUUGACCACCUGUCACAGGUAUGGCAAGAGGAGAGAAUAUUUGAAUAUAUUCGAAAUGUUGGUGAAAGUGUUGUUCGUCUGAUUGUUACAGGUGAUGAAGGUCAGCGUAAUUAUGGUUCUGGACUCGUAGAAAAAUGGGCCGGCCAAUACGUCAUAGCAACAAAUCAUCACGUGAUUGAGAACGAAAAACAGGCCAAACGAUGCAUUAUUGAAUUCGACUUCAACAGUGAAGACAGGUCUGACGUCAUAGUAUGUGAAGGCACAGGUCUAUUGGAGACAUCAGAAGAGUUAGACAAAACUUUAAUUACAUUUCAGCAUGUGCCGAAGAAGAUAUACGAUCUUAACUUGGUUGAUGAAACCUUAUUUAUUCCAGAGGUGGCAAGCAUCGACGAAAAUGGACAAAGCCACAAAUAUCAAGCUCUUGUCAUGCCAAAUAAAGUAAACGACGCGGGCAUUCUUAUAAUGCCAUUUACUUGUGAAUUGAAUAAAGCGAAAGAAACUAUGGUGCAUUUCCAUGAAGGUACCAUCAGUAAACUGGCCAGUGAUGUCAUGAAAUUCGAACCUAUUCCUGAAGAGCUUCGGGUUGGAUUGAGCAACCGAAAUUUAGAUUUAAAAUUGACCGUUGUAAUUGCAGAUAUUAAAGGCAAAAUGAAAACAAUGACAGGUAAAAUAGAGUUUAUUGAAGGAGAAGUCUUUAUAAAAUUACCAGAAGCUCUUACAGAUAAAGAAGCUCAACAAUGCACAGUUACUUUUCCUGAUGGCAGUGUUAGUAAAGGUACGGGGGUGCACUUUUUACCCACAACUCUAACCACCGCCAACUUGCAAGGUUUGGAUAUAAAUUUGGAUAACCUUUUAGCCACAGGCAUUCCGGCUGUUCAUGUCCUUGCUAACAAACCGUUCUGGAGUUUAGCCUUUAAACCAAUCCCAAGAGGCCUCGAAGAACAGCUGGAUAUCCAAAAAACAAAUAACACACAAAAUAGGCGCCUAGUUCAUACAGCAAUAGUAAUUGGACAUCCCCAUGGUGGCAGGAAAAUGGUUACAAUUGGUAAACAUUUGCCCCUAGGCACCCUUGAAUGCACAGAAAGGGGUUUCCGGUUUAGCAUUUGCUAUUCUUGUAAAACCUGCCGUGGAUCCAGUGGUUCUCCGGUAUUGUAUUUACGUAGCUGUAGAUGGUACAUCCACACUCUUGGUGGUGAAGGCGCGAAAUGUAAGGGGGAGAUAGUUGAAACUGGUAAUUUAAGCAUGGCCUUCUGGUGGAAGAAAUAUGUCAAUGACAUAUUUAUAGGAGAGAGCACGUAAAAUUUUGUGAAUUUUAUUUUCCUUUACUCCUCACGAACAACUUUCUCGACAAUGGUUGUUUGUCUUUUGUAACAA